AUGAUACAACUCGGCUGGACCCCAAUCGCUUUUAUGGCACUGCUAACUUUCGCCAACCACACCGAUGGUUUUAUCAUACCCGUGAUAAAUAGAAUGGAAUGCAAGUUUGAUGAACGGUUCGUUAACCUGACGUGUAGCUUGACCGAACCAAACUCCGCGACGAAUCAAAGUGUUUCUCUAGAUGUCGAGGUACUUCGAGAAAUGAGAGAAGUAAAACUAACUGCCGCCUAUUAUACCGUCACGAGAGGUUCGGUAAACCGCAUUCUUCAGCGCACAGUUGACUUGUGUAGUUACGUGAAGCGUCCAGGCAUCGACCGCCUGGUUAAAGUGAUUUUCGAUCAUAUGCAACUUAACAAUCGCUUUGUUACUGGAUGUCCGAUCGCCGAGAACGAAAGGUUUCAUCUACACAACAUACGCCCGUCCGCUAUACGGGUACCGGAUUUUCUCCCCGAGAGCAACUUCAUCUUCGAAACAUCCUACCGAACGGGCGCACUGCUUAAACCAGUCGUUGACGUACGCUACUACGGAAGAUUGACACGUGUCGUAAACGAUAAGUCAUUAUCGAAGCAAAACAACAGAAUUUAUAACGCUCACAGAGGCAUGAACAAGAGUAGGGUUGCGACGUGA